UUGACAGCGGUCCACCCACUGAGGCUGGAGGCUGACUGGAGGCUGAGCUGAGCAUCCCUGUUUGUUACAGCGCCAGUGAAGAAAAAGAAGCAAAGCCAAAGCCUAAUGCUGACUUUCUGAGCAGACAUGGGCUGCAGGUGGGGAGGGAUUGCUCAUCGUCCAUCGCUGAGUUAGCUGACUCUGGCUGCUAAAACCCAACGCUACGUCCAACACCAUGGCUAAGCAGUACGAUGUGCUCUUCCGACUCCUGCUUCUCGGAGAUUCUGGGGUUGGGAAAACAUGUUUGUUAUGCAGAUUUACGGACAACGAAUUCCACCCGUCUCACAUCUCCACUAUUGGAGUUGACUUCAAAAUGAAGACACUAGUAAUAGAUGGUAUCAAAGUACGGAUACAAAUAUGGGACACUGCUGGCCAGGAAAGGUACCAGACCAUCACUAAGCAGUACUACAGACGAGCACAGGGAAUCUUCCUGGUGUAUGAUAUCACGAGUGAGCGAUCUUUCCAGCACAUCAUGAAAUGGGCCAGUGAUGUGGACGAGUAUGCUCCUGACAAGGUCCAGAAGAUUCUCGUAGGGAACAAGUCAGAUGAGGUGGACAAGAGGCAGGUAGCCACAGAGCAAGGAAUCAAGCUUGCCAAGGCUUAUGGAAUGGACUUCUUUGAGACAAGUGCCUUCACGAACUAUAAUAUAACAGAGACUUUUACACGACUGGCUGAACAGGUGCUGGCAGCCAAUAAAAAGGACCUGGAUCUGCUCCGGAUGUCCAUGAAUGAUGAGCUUAAUCUUGCUGCUCUGGAGGAGGAGGAGGGACUCUGUGACGGUGCAUCUGGAGACCAGCGCAAAGGCUGCUGGUGUUAAAGAAGCUACAUGAAUUUUAAUUGAACAUAUACUACCAGUCAAAAGUUUUAGAACACCCCAAUUUCUCCAUUUUGUUAUUGAAAUUUUGCAUGUUGAUGUCUCAUUGUACCCUGAAAUGAAAAGCAUAGAACAAAUAAACAAAUGAAGUUUAAAAAAAAAAAUCAAUUUAGAAACCAAAACUUUUUUACUCAUCAAAGUAGCCACCUUUGGCAGAUACAUCUGAACACGCUCAUGGCAUUCUUGCCACAAUGGAAAUCAAAUAUUCUUCAGAAAAUUCUUCCAACUCUGUUGCAGAAGUUCCCAUAAAUGUGUGACACUUGUAGGUUGCUUUGCUUUCACUCUUCUGUCCAGUUCAUCCCAAACCAGCUCCAUGGGGUUUAAGUGUGGAGACUGUGCUGCCACUCCAUGUUUUCAAGCUUACCAUCUUGUUCUUUUUUCCUGUGAGCCUCCUAUCACCAAGCUGUUGAAUCUCAGUAACUUGUCUUCUGAUUCUGUUGUGGCUUUGGGUCUUCCAGACCUCUUCCUGUCAGAGUUUCCCCCAGUUUCUGAGUGCCUUUUAAUGGUGAAGAAAAUUCUACUUAUUGACACCUUGACUUUCUUCACAAUUUCUUUGUAGGAAAGACCUACAUUUUUAAGGGUUAUGAUGGUCUGUCUCUCUUCUCUUGUUAAUUGCCUUUUCCUCGCUAUUUUUAUAGCAACACACAACUUUCUGUAGUACAAAGCUGUUCACAUAAUGCUCUGGGUAUGGUGCCAAGGUGUGUUACAGCACUACUUUUAUGCAGACAAGAGGGGGUUGCAAGUAAUCAAGAAAAGUUGGGACACCUCUAGGAUUUGGUAGCACCAACUUUCAGCGCUUGAUCAACCUCCAUUGUUGCAGAACAGCUUUAAGAUCCCUGUUCCUUGUUCCCCGAAAAAGGCCUUUUUGUAGAAUUCUGAAAUGUACAUUAUUUUUUCAGUUUUGAGUAGCCUUACCUUUAUUUUGUGUCCUCUGGUAGUUCACCACUUAUCUUUGUACCAUUUCAAGCUAUUCAUUGGACUUCAACUACUUGAAUUUCAAUAAAAAACUGGAAAAAUUGGGGCGUUCUAAAACCUUUGACCGGUAGUGUAUGUCACCGCCACACACUUUGCACACUCUUGGAAAAAUGUGUCUCAUUUUGUUUUAGCCUAAAAUAAAGAGACACAACUAGCUACAAUUUUGAAACCAGCUGUGUCCCACGGUUUUAUGGAGCAAUGCCAAACAUGCUACAAAGCUGUUUGAGAGCAGUUUCAAGGAUAAAGCGAGAAACAUUUUGCCCUAAGAUGCCAGGUGUGUGGUGAUUUAACAAACUGAAGGUCUAAAUGUCAAGAUUUCCCUCGGUGGGACAGAAUGUUCAUUGUUUAAAGUAUUAACUCUUGCUCAAUUCAGUGUGUCUUUGAUGUGACUAAAUGCAAUUCAUGUCCACUACAAAUUUUGCAAUUGACGGAAAAGUUCCAGGAGAACUGGAAAUGAGGAUUUAAUCAUCUUUUCUUUAUAGUCUUUAUCACUAGUCAUAAUGUAGAGCAUAAGGAAUGACUUGGAAUUGCCCAAUGAUGACUUGAAACAGUUGUAUAUUAUAUUAUUUUUCAAAUUCUGUGUCUGAUAUUGAUUUUUCCAAAUCAACAAAGUGACUGGUAUAGCUCUGGCCUUCAUCCACCCCUUCAGUUUUUUCUUUAUUUGAGUAUUGACGUUCAUGGCCUUUCUUCUGUUGAAUGCUUUAGCUGUAGUGUAUGCAUUUACCACAAGAGGGUGCUACAUGCAUUUCAAAUACAGCCUUGAGUUGUGGUCACAAACUAUUUUUCUUUUACUCCCUGCUGAUUUUUGGUUGUAAUUGCACUUGCAAUAGCUACCUUUAACAGAAUGAAAGAAUUCUAAAUAUAUGCAGCCAUUUCAUUAUUUUUUGGGUUUCAUGCAAAUGUUAACUACACAGGGCCUUUUUCAGUUUGUGAUGUCAUUCAUCCAAGUGGUCAGAUAUAUUUGAGUAGAUCAUUGAGAGCAAAAUUAUUCAAUUUCUCUGUAGCAAAACAGAACGUAUUUUUUUAUUUUAUGUUGUUUGUUUGAAGCAGAAAAAUGUCAUAUAGUUCAAAUGGUUUGAUAACUGCCCAUUGUAAUGUAUAUACCAAGUUUUUGAAAGCAUCAUACACUGAAAGAAUCAUAAGCAUAUAUUCACCAUGAAUUUGACUGUAUUACCAUUAGAGGACUGUAUAAAAAGUCCACAUGGAUAUUCUAGAUGGUUUGAAAUAUUCCCUUUGUGAAGAUAACGUUUUGGUCAUUCUGUCCUUUUCUCACUGUUUUGUACAGAGUCCAGUGGAGACGCCAUUUCUUUUCCCCACAGAUCUGGGGCGAGUGGGAGUUUUGCAUGCAGUUUUUCUUCCUUUGUUUUAUUGCAACUUCAGUGAAGUUAAUUAUCACCUGAGCGUAAUACAAGUAUAGCAUUUGACCAGAGUUGCCUGUUAGAGAGGUAUACAGAUUGACCAUCAUAGAAAGAACUUUGGCUACUUUUUUGCAACUUAGUAUUAGUAAAUUCUACUCAAAGAAAUUGUUAAUGUGUGCAACAUGUGAAAUGGCAGUAUGUUGUCCUGAAUGAUGUUCUGGACUAAACUCUAGAUACACUAUGUAUCUGUGUUGUUUUCAGGAACUUUUCUUUCUUUCCUUUAGGGUACCUUAAUCGUAUUUGUGAAGAUAUAUUAAAUGCAACAUGUAAAAUGCAACAUGUUAUUCUUGGAGAAAAGAUGUCAGUUGUUUAUGAGUAAAUACUUGCAGAUA